AGACUCAUGUAAUAAUAAUUAUUGAACGGACUUGAAAGAUCGGAACGAGGACCAAACUUUUCGACUGUCUUAGCCUUUCUGCCUUUGAGUUGUCAGGACGGACAAAUAUCUCCUUGUUUAAUAUACUUUGCUCUAUUUUGUAUUAUUCUACUGCAUCCAACAACAAACAUGCCAGCACCCCCGAUCAAAGAGAGGAAGCCCGUGACGGACCUCCAGAAGGUGUUUCACUAUACAGAUACUCAGCGCCGCAAGCCGACGCGUGAAGAAGAUCCGUAUGAGUACCAGGCCGGUUGGGGGAACCGUUUCCAGUCUGAAGUUAUCCCGGGUACGCUCCCUGCUGGCCAGAACAACCCGCAGGAAGCUCGAUUCGGCCUGUACACGGAGGGUAUCACAUAUUCGGCCUUUGCGGCUCCUCGCCAUGCCAACUUUAGUACCUAUCUCUACCGUGCUAGAGUUGCUGCUGCUCACCAUGGCUACAAAGCAAACAUUGAAACAAAAUCGCAUAUCGAGAACUGUCUACUCACGCUGAACCCGAAAGUUGAGACACUUGCUGAGCAGGCUGAAUGGCUGCCAUUCCCGCUUCCCAAGGAGGAUGAGAAGAUCGACUUCGUUGACGGGUUGCACACCCUGGGUGGGAGUGGCGACCCAAACUUGCGCGAAGGGAUUGCGUUGUAUGUGUUCAUGAUCAACGCGGAUAUGGACCAUCGGGCAUUCUGCAACACGGACGGUGACUUCCUGAUUGUUGCGCAGCUGGGCAACCUGGACAUCCAGACGGAGUUGGGUAAGCUCUUCCUGCAACCCGGCGAGAUCUGUGUGAUCCCGCGUGGAAUCCGCUUUGCUAUCCGACGUGCCCCUGGCCAUAAUGUUGCUCGUGGCUAUAUCACGGAGAUCUGGGGCUCCAUCUGGGAGCUCCCUGACCUGGGUCCGCUGGGUGGUCACGGGUUGGCUAAUCCACGAGACUUCCUGUAUCCUGUUGCUUAUAUCGAUGACGAACUACACGAGGACUGGAGUAUCGUCAACAAGGCGAAUGGAAAAUAUAAUGCCAUUCAACAGGAUCAUAGUCCGUUUGAUGUUGUGGCGUGGCAUGGUAACGCCGUUCCGUACAAGUACGACCUCACCAAAUUCGCCUCUCAAAAUGCCACAUCGAUCGAUCACACCGAUCCAUCCGUGAACUGCGUCCUGACAGCCAAGUCGCGAGACCCUAAUACUCCUCUGGCCGACUUCCUCUGGUUCGGACCGCGAUGGGACGUGGCAUCCAACACGUUCCGUCUGCCAUACUUCCACAGGAACUCCGCCACGGAAUUCCUGGCCUCGCUGUACGGUAACGGAUUGGGUCGAUCAGAUGAGUUCCUCCCCGGCGGUGGCAGCGUGGAGAUCAGCCACACGCCGCAUGGCAACUUUAGCGAAGAUUAUGUGUGGGAGAUGCGCGUGCAGGAGAAUGAGCCGCGGAAGAUUUUGGAGAACCAAAUGACAAUCAUGGUCGAAAGUAGCCGCACGUUCCUGUUCACGGAAUACGCGCGCUCGAUCUGCGGCACGUUCAAGAAUCAGGGCACCGACCCGAAGGUGUGGGAUGUUCUCCCGGACAAAUUCUCAUCGUAUCCGAACAUCAAGGAGAUCCUGGCGCAAGUUAAGGCCGACAAGGCGGCACAGCGAGCGCGGCUGGACACUUACUAUGAUGAUGAGCGGCUGGCGCAGGUCGCGGCGCAGGGACAUGUCAAGAGCAAAGAGAUUGAUGGCAGCGCGGUGGCCAAUGGUAGGAAUGGCACCAAUGGACAUGCUGUGGCUGCUGUAUAAUCUGGAUUAUUAGGCAUAAUUUAUUUGAUCAUAUUUCAUUUCAUUGUCUCUGUAUCCGGUUUCCCGUCACGGUAGGUAGCUAGGUACCUAGGUAGUUAUGUAUCUAUGAACCACGCGAGUAGAUUAAUUACCUAGUAGUAGCAACAUAAGGAAAGAAACG